UCAAGUGGGCAUUGUUAACGGUCGCCCGCCCGCCGGUCAGCCUGCCUACGGCCACGUUCCGCCGGCGUCUGUGCUCGGCACCCAUCAGGUACUCUCUGCGUGUGUGCACGGUAGCUCCGACCGGGCGAAGGCCGGCUUCUGAGUCCUUUCUCUGUAGACCACCUCGGCGGUGUUGCAGAGGUCCUGGAGGCGGGGAAGGUGGGCCGGACUACCUAGCGAAGCCCCUUGUUGCUGGAUGCAUUGAGCGCCUUAUCCUGCCGGCUCCAGCAGCUCCUUGAUGGACCUGAGUCCCUAGAAGUAAGACGAGUGGUUCCGUCUGCUCGAUGCAGCUUCAUAAGCAGGAGCUGUCCCUGACAGCGAAGUCCCAGAGAAGGAGCCAGGCAGCCACUGUCUGAAAACCCUCAGCCUUCCCUGGCCUCCAGGGGGGUUUCCUGCUUCCUAAGAGCAGCAAUGGAAAAGCCUGCAACUAGGAAAAAGAAGAAUCAGGCCCCAAAGGAGGAGGCAGGUGCGCAAAAGGCCACUGUCAAGGGAGAGAAAACAUCAAAGGGGAAAAAGCCAACCAAGAAGCCAAGAAAGCCCCGCAGACCCCGAAAAGAACCUGUCCUGAGCCCCGAGGACGAAGCACAUAUCUUUGAUGCCUUCGAUGCCUCGUUUAAAGAUGACUUUGAGGGUGUCCCCGUGUUUGUCCCUUUUCAGAGGAAGAAGCCCUAUGAGUGUGGUGAAUGUGGACGGAUCUUUAAACACAAGACCGAUCACAUUCGCCACCAGAGAGUUCACACUGGAGAGAAGCCCUUUAAGUGUGACCAGUGUGGGAAGACCUUCAGGCACAGCUCAGAUGUCACCAAACAUCAAAGAAUUCACACCGGUGAGAAGCCCUUUAAAUGUGGGGAGUGUGGAAAAGCCUUCAACUGUGGUUCUAACCUUCUGAAACACCAGAAAACACACACUGGAGAGAAACCUUAUGGCUGUGAGGAGUGUGGAAAAUCCUUCGCCUACAGCUCCUGCCUCAUCCGGCAUCGGAAGCGUCAUCCGAGGAAGAAGCACUGAGCAGGGCGGUCUACAGCUAUGGAUCCUUGUCAAAUACCUGAUGGUGGUCCAGAGGUCUUAUGCAGUGUGCUCAUCCGGCCACCCGUCUGUCAUUGAGAGGAAAAUCUACCCAUCAGACAUGAGAGCCCACAGAGGCUUUCUGCCCUUAGAGUCUUCACUUAGUGGUAACACGGUGCUUCUCGGAGCUUCCUGAAGCUCCAGCCAUUUUCCAGACUACUUUAUGCUACUCAGGGCCAUCUUUGGAACAGUUUUGGGUCGCUGAGAACUUUAUAGAGCUAAAGAGACACCCCUGUUGGAAAGGGCCACUGCCUUCCUUUGCUGCCUCUGUCUGCACCAACCACAGUGCUUUUGUCUCUUUAUCUUGAAGACUUCUGGCUCUGUAUGCCCAGCCCCAUGCUGUCUGCUAGGGUGAGGAACCCUGAGGUGGAUGACAGGCAACAUUCUGACCAACUCUAAGGACAGCACCAAGUCCAGCUUGCUCAUCUCUGUGCAGCUGACUUCAGUGGUCCUAGAGUUUCUCUCUUCUGGCUGAAACCACAGUCUUCGAGCUCAACCCUUGGGCCUAGAACUGGGUUACACUGCUUUCUCUUGUCCCAGCCACAUCUUAGACAAGUGGCAUGGAUCCAUCCAAAGUCUCAGCAGACCCUGGCACCCUGGCAUAGUGGCAGGUUUCUUAGGCUAAGGCUUGUAGCUCCAGGGUGCCAUCAGUAGCUUCUGUCCACUGCACCUUGAAAAACAACUGUGGCCCCACCCCACAGCAGCCUGCCAUUCAGGUCAAUUCCACUUCCUGCUGGUAAGCAGGGCAAGACCACGUGACUCUGUCUACUGUCUGCCCCAAGUGCUCUGUGAGGUCUGUGUUCUAAAGACAGCAAGUGACUGCUGACCAGGAGGGCUGCUAGAGCAGAUCUCUCCAGUAAGAAGCUCAGAGAACUCGGGAGUCAGUGUCUACCUCUACAGAGCACGGCAGAGACACUGGGCAUGCUCCAGGGAGGCUUUCAUCCCCACAGAAUCCAUUGGCAACAGGAAGGCUGUAGGUGGGCGAGCUCAGGGAGGCCUUUUGGACACCAUGUGGUGACUACAGGUCACUUUCGCUUGUUCCCACCCUGAAGUUUAAGAUGGCCACAUCACAGCAUUCAUGAGCAACCAUUAGUUCUGGCUCACUGAAGCCUGCUGAAGAGUUCCCAGCACCAGCUCUCUACAUCAGUGAAAGACAUUGUGAGCCGCCACCUGGGAACAGACGAAAUGUUCAGAACCUUCUAGACGUCUUAAGAUGUGUCCGGGGACAACGAAGACUACUCCAGCAAAGUAGUGGGAUUCUGAUUAUAGAGCAUGCGCAGCUGCAGCCAGAGAUGUCUUACAAGUCCAGGCAGCCCAUUUAUUAGCACCUCAGCCUUCAUGUCCAGUGGGCCUUGUCCUGCAGAGAGUUCCGAGCAGCCCAACUGCUGCUGAGCCUCGCUUAGAACAGAGAGCACUGCCAGGGCCUUACAACCAGCAAGUGAAUGCGAGCUCGGAGCUGUACUAAGAUCCAUUCCUUCAGCUCCCUCUCAGCCAAGAGAGAAGGCAGAAGCCACCUCAAGGAGAGUUAGAAGGAGCUCUGGGCUGGGUCCAGGACUCUUCUGUUUGAGGAGAGCAGUGGGUUAGACCUGACUAGCUGCCUCCUUCUGUUUCUGGAAGUCUGUAGCUCCAGAGCAUGUGCAGACUCCUUUCCUCCUGACCUUGGAUCUGUCAUCAAGACACUGACUUCCUGUGCCAAUGAGUUGGGACAUCAAGAUGCCCUAAAAAGGAAGGCAGAACUGGGGCUCAAGAAAGAAAGGCUGUGUACCCUGACUCAAGGGAUGGAUGCUCUGUGGCUUCUAGGGAAGACUCAGGGGAAUGGGGUCACCUCUGGUGUGGACCCCAGCUACAGUGCAGACAAGGAAACUGGCCUAUGUGCCACAUUUACCUUUAGGCCAAGCAAUGGUGCCCACCUUCAGCCUACCCUUUCCAGUCCCUAGUGCCUGUGGAGUUGGGUGUUUGCUUUCUCCUGGUUCCUUCUCAAGGAAGACAAGUGGAUUGACCUCCUGACUCAGAUCCUAUAGGACUAAUGCUUGCAUUGGGCAGCUCCCAGAAACACCUAAGUGAGUCUGUUUCCCUGCAUCUGGGCCUGCAGUCAUUUGCCUUUGGACCUGCAGAGGGUUCCCAGCACCUGCAUACUGGUAGCUCCCAGCUGGCCUGUCCACAUCUCACCUCAGCCACCUCAUGAUCUGGUGGAACCUCCUCUUUCUUGUUUCUGGCUGGUGCAGACACCCGUGUGUCCUAAUACCCAUCUGUAUACUGCAGUGUGUGGUGCAUUCCUCUUAAACAGCUGCAGCCAUGGCCUGUUGUAUUGUAGACGCUGUCCCCAGUCUGGUGUUUGACAUUUGUGAAUGCUUACGUCCGUGUAGUACCCUUGGUGCUGUGUCAGUGUUGUGCACAUUGGACUAGACAUUCUGCUUUGUUGUGCACUUGGUGGCUUCCUUCCUAUGUGACUCCUCUGCUCCAUGGACAGCAGCACUGAUGCUCCACGUUGCCUUCCGGUUGCUGCCAUGGUGCUGUGAGCAGAUGCUGUUGGUGCUGCUCCUGGACAUCUGUUUUCUCAUAAAAGUAAAUGUGUUUCCAA